AGGCAUUGGUAUCAGACGCUAGUGCAUCUAGACAAAGUGAAUAUAAUGACAGACCAAGCAACUCCGAAGUGGGUUAACAAAGAGCUAUUCCAUGGCUUGUUAGAACAGAAUAAUAAAAACUUCAAGGCGAUACUAAAAUUCGUUCCCACAUCGGCGAUUAGUAAAGGGGAGAAUUAUUUGACGAUCGUGCUACGUAUUCAAAUUGAAAUGCAGCUGAACGAUUCAGAUGAUAGCACCGAAGAUAUCAGCUAUAUACUGAAGAUUCCCUUGGUUCCGGAAGGUGAGGAAAACGAUUUUAAGGAUAUGUUCGAUGCCGAACUAGACAUGUACGAUCAUCUGAUCCCAGAACUGGAAGACCUGUAUGCCGAAAACACUUCAAUCUCACCGAAAUUCAAGCCUGUGCAUUUGAAGUUUCCAGGAAAUUCGGUGAAAAGCGAUUACAUUCUAUUGGAGGACCUGCGAAAAAGGGGAUACAGGAAUGCCGACAGAACUCAGGGCUUGGAACAAUUUGAAGUGGAGGCAGCACUCAAGAAGUUGGCCCAGUGGCAUGCGGCCUCUGCGAAAAGAGUCGUUGAACUGGGGGAGUACGAGAAGGGUAUUCGCGAGAGCUACUUCACGGCCGAGCACCAGAAACUGCUGGAUGAAUUUAACAUUAAUUUCUGUAUGCCUUUCUUGGAGUGCAUGCAGAAAUAUAAUCUGGAACCAGGACAGCUGGUCUUAAUAAGCGACUACACAUCACAUUUGACGGAUUUAAAUAUAGAGUUUGGCAAAAACGAUCCUAUGGAGUUGAGUGUGCUAAACCAUGGCGAUUUUUGGUGCAACAAUUUUAUGUUCAAAUAUAAGGAUAACUCUGAGGUAGAGGAUGUUUGCUUUAUCGAUUUUCAACUGCCUAAAUUUGGCACACCCGCCCAGGAUCUAUUUUGCAUGCUGAUGACGUCUCCCAAAUUUUCGAUAAAGUUGGAUAAGUUUGAUCACUUCAUAGAGUAUUAUCACCAGCAGCUUGUCGAUCAUCUAAGUCUGCUCAACUACAAUCGGAAUGCGCCCACACUAGCUCAAUUUCACACCCAUCUGUACAGAUACAGUCUCUGGGCUUUUAUUUGCGCUCAGCGCAUGCUGCCUAUAGUGCUGCUCCCGCCCGAUGUCGAUUCAAAUAUUGGCAAUGUUAUGGGAAACUCGGAGGAGGCGAUAGCAUUCAAGCGUAAGAUGUUUCUCCUGCCGGAUUACGUGGAUCAGAUAAAAGUCAUAUUACCUUGGCUUAUAAACCGGGGUUAUAUAAGAUAAACAGAAUGCAAUGAUAAACAAGUGCUCAAAAAGUAAUAAAACUAUUAUAAUAAAUAAUCAAAUAAUCACAAAUCUGAAAAAUGUAAAUAAUAAAGGGCUAUAAAUACAUUUUGUAAUAUUAGUAAUUUGUACAAAAUAUAUAUUGUAAUUUUA